AUGGCUAGGCAUAUCAGCAGCCUUACAACUUUCCUGGACCAGUAUGAGCACGGAUUUUCCGAUGAAGACUUGAGCGGAAGGCUGAACCGUAUGGCUAUCUUACUGUGUAAUCCACCAUACCAUGCGACAGCUGCUCAACCAACGAGAAGUCGGCACCAAUCAGCUCAGAAAUCUCUUUUCAAUAUACGAAAGGAAUUCGGGGAUCCAGUCUAUUAUCUGUGUUUGUUUGUAUCCAACAUAACUACACUCUCUACUGAGCGACAGCAGUUCAACGACGCUCUAGCGCAAUGGCCUGGUAAAGGCAAGAUUCCACCUGCUUUUACAAAACAAGCCCAAGCGAUAGUCGAGAGGUAUCGAGCAGAAAAGCAAAACAAUGAAGAACGGUCCUCUCAUACGUCCCUUCGGAAACGUUCUCUGUCAACACCCCAUACAACUCAAAAAAGCUCGACUAAGGACUCUGGAAACGCAUCCAAACGAGCCAGGCUAAAUGGAGGGCCUAAGGACCUGAUGUCAGUCGGAAGAGUGGCCGAACACUCUGAGCC